AUGUUAACAGUAGCUGCUUUGUUGUGUUUCAUCUUAGGGGCCAAUGGAGCAUCAGUUUCACCCUUCUUAACUAUGUGUAAGGUUGGUGACGAUGCUUGCCUUCUGUCCUUCGCCAAGUCCUCUCUGCCAGUAUUAGUUAAGGGUAUACCUGAAAUGGGAUUUCACAGCCUUGACCCCAUGUACAUAUCGCUGAUAGUGAGUGAUGAGAGUGGAUUGAAGCUGAAAUUCAAGAACUCGACCCUCACUGGCUUGUCGGGAUGUCUUAUAGAGAAAUUCAAGUUUGAUCAUCUUAACAAAAAGCUACUCCUGAAAGCUACUUGUGACGUGACUUUGACUGGAGACUACGAGGUUAAAGGACAAGUGCUGAUACUACCAGUGGAGGGAAACGGGAAAUAUAAAAUAGAUAUACACGGCGUCACAUUCAAAUCUCUCCUCAAUUUGUCUUAUGUUGAAAAAUCUGGCGUCUCUCAUUGGAAAAUCGACGACGACUGGUCUGAGACUUACAAAUACAAAGUUCGGGACGGAGUUGUCUUUCACUUCGAAAACCUAUUUAAUGGGAACAAAAUACUUGCUGAACCGGUCUUGGAAAUGUUGAAUACAAAUUGGGAGGUCAUUAUGGAAGAAAUCUCGCCUCCAAUAGUGAAAGUUAUCGUUGGAUACGAAGUUGAAGCAGUGAGCAACCUACUUGGUUCCGUACCUGCUGAUGAGUUUUUCAUCCAGUAA